AAACCCCUCCAAAACGUUUGUUCGAGAACGUUGUCUCAAGAGCAAGGAUUGCUGAUCACAGCAGACUCUUUCCUUCAGUUUAGCAGGAAAGAAACCCAGAUCGAAGAUUUCAAGAUACAUUGACGUUCGCGCCUUGGGCUGGGGAGAUAUUAGUCUUACUUCUAUAUAAUGCUAUGUGGGAGGCAGAAGUAUCGGGCAGACAGCUGUAGGGACAACGACAUCGAUUAAAAAAGCCUCUUUAAAAUCUACUACCGGGAAGUGGCCACCUGAGAUCAGGAAGCUUCGUUUGUUUCACGUUCACGAUCAUGUCUGGGAAUGCGUCAAAAAAGCUCCAGGAACUCAAGGAUAAGAUGGAACAGCAGGAUCAAGAGCUUGAGACUGCCUUUGAGGCAGGCCCUUCUCACCAGCAUGAGAUCUCCAUGAAGGGGGUGGGCACCUUUAGAAUAGAGGAACCCGAGUCGGUCAGGCUCCUGGCGAGGAAACAGAGGGCGCAGAGGGAGGAUGCAGCAGUGGACCGUUACGGGAUAUGCAAGAUGGUGGGGGUGGUCUUGAUUGCAGCUGGGAUUGCGAUUUUCCUUUUGUGGCUCCUUUUCAGCAAAUCAGAGACUCAGAAGAUGAUCCCGCCAACUGUGGGCUUUCAAAGACCACCCAUGAACGCAAGUGAGCUUCAAAAUGUGCGACCUGGCAAUGUAUGCCCCGAGCCAGAGUGGUUGCCGGAGGAAUGCCUGGGAUCUAUGCGGCAGAAGAGCAAAAAAACCUUUGAUGGAUGCCAGCUGUUUUUCGAGGAGACAGGAUACAGUCUGGCACUGCUCAAGGCUUGCGGCAUAAUUGUGGACUCUCCUUAGACUGCAAAGUUCUCUCUGGCUUUCCAUGCUGCAACUGUACUGAACACAAAAUGCCCAGACGCUCAGCGGCUGAUGGUAGUUCAGAAAGAUCCAGCAAGUUUGAAGGUUGUGACGCAGCCUUGCUGCUGACCAUCUACUGUACAUUGCUUACAUGCGUGUCCCUUUUCCUGUGUCAGACGUUUACAAUCAGACAAUAC